AUCACUGAGACAGUGAGCGAGUAACCAUGAGUUUGUCCAGCAUCAGCACUGAGUCGGAGCUUUCCGAGGAUGAGCAGGAGGGCUGUGCAUCAGGCUUGGAGAUUUCAGACAAUCCGAGUGAAGAUCAGUUGAAUAAUCUGUCAACUGCCUCAGGAAGCGAUCUCACGGAGGUCGCUAAAAAACGAAGGAGGUCGGCACGUUCCAAAGCCCACAGGGUUGCUGCGAACGUCCGAGAACGCAAGCGCAUCCUGGACUACAACCAAGCCUUCAAUGCCUUACGCGUGGUGCUCAAUCACGACCUCAGCGGCAAACGUCUGUCUAAGAUCGCGACUCUGCGCCGGGCCAUCCAUCGCAUCUCAGUGCUGUCUGCUCUCUUACACUCAAGCUCACAAGAGGAACCAGACGCACCAUCACACGUCCAUCCUGAGUGCCACGCGAGGCUGGAUGACACCCGACGCGAGGAACCGUCGGAGAACUGGUAUGCAGACACCCAGCACCAAGCAGAGCUCCGCAGAACCCCUCAGCAUGCUUCACUGAUAUCUGGAGCUCUUGGAACACCAUCUCCUCCUUACAGCAACUUCUCUCCUGCAUACACUUCCUCUGCAGAGCGUCUGAACUCUCCCUGCUACAGACAAAGCCCUGAAUUGCAGUUCGGUUUUAAGCGCGUGGAAGUGUUCUCGGAUGCCCCGGCCACGCCUUUCCCCUGGCAGUGGCAGUGCUUGGGAUUCCAGCAGUCUCUAAUGGUGGAAUCAGCAUCCAGCGGCUCAGAUUUCAGCGUCCAUCCCAGGCCAAAGGAAUUGGCCCCGCUUGGCCAGGGUGUUCUGGACACCAAGGUGGCCUCUGAGCGGAUGGAUGUGGGCCAGGUACAUCAGGGGCCAUGUCUUAGAGUGAGGGAUGACCAGGAGGUCACACAGCUGGCCUCGGCGCACCAUCCAGAAGUAGAGGAGGCCAUUGGACACCAGGAAGUAGGUGGCUGGGUGAUGCACCUGGCCCCUGCAGUGCCUCAGUCGGUCACCAUUCUUCUGUUCGCACCUGAGUGA